AUGGAUGAUUCUUAUGAAAACAUCACUAGUUAUAAAUGUGCAAAACCUUACUGUAAGUUUUUGUUGCAAAGUAUUUGAUGGGGCAAUUCAGUUUAACUUUUUCUCAAUAGAAAAAAUAGACGGGGAAUUUCGAAAAAAAACAACUUUUUCUUGAUUUUGAAAUAAAUUCGAUCAGUCAAGAUUUUCGAACUACUUAUAUAGUUGAAAAUCGUAAAUAAUUCAUCGAAAUUUCAGGUUAUCAAAAACCGGCAUAUUUCAUGACGGGUUGCAAGCAUUUUCUGUGCCAACAGUGUUGCAAUGGUUAUGGUUUUGUGAGUAGGAAAAUAAACAUCUGAUUUUGACAUGAUUUUUUCAGCAUGGUGAUGAAAAACAUCGAGGUUGUGAAAUAUGUUCAAAGUCUUCGAAUUGCGUAACAGUUGCAAAAGUUGUUGAAUGUAAGUUUUCAACGUAUUUUCAUAUUCAUUGAAUUGAAGUUAUGUUUACAGCAAUCAACAAUAAAAGAAUUAGUUUGAAGAGAACAUUGGAACAACAAAUCAAUCAACUGGAAGGAAAAACGAAUGAAUUGCAGAGAAAAACGGAUGAACUGGAAGCUAAAAAGAUCAAACUUGAUUUAUUCGAGAAAUCAAUAGAAGAUCAUUUGGAAUGUUCGGAAUGCGAUUUGACAGAAUCAGAACAAAGGUAGCAUUUGAAAUUGAAAUCCAUUCCAAACACUGAAUUUGUUCACAGAUUACAAUUAUGUGAGAAUUGCCAUGGAUUGGAAUUUGAUAAUUUGGAUGGCGCCAAGAAUUGUGCAAUUUGUUCUAGUUGCUCAAUCAAGAAACAUAUUCGCAAUGGACAUAACACUGUGGACUUUUUCCCGAUUUUUGUAAGUUUAGUGAUUUAUUAUCAGCAAAUGAAAUAUGUUUGAUUUUCAGAGAUCACUUCAUUAUGAAAACCACUCAAUCAAGAUCAAAGAAAACAUGGAGCACUUCGAAAAUUCUCGAACAGCUUUCGGCAAUGAUUCAAAUGAUUUUGUUGAUGUAAAUGAAAAAGUAAAGGAGGUAUGGUUUUCGAAAUUGCAAAAUCAGGCUGUUACUCAUUUUAAAUGUUUUUUAGCAAAUGGAUAUCUUGACUGAAAUGGUUCGAAGAAGCAAAUCAACAAAAAAUCAACAAUUAUUGAAGGAUAAAUUGAAUGAAUUUAUUGAGAAGGUUCGAGUUUUAUUCCGAAAUUAUUUACAGUCAAAAUUUAUGAAUUUCAGUCAAAUACUAUGGCGAAAACUGCGAACUUCAACUUGCAAAAACAUGUCAAAGAGAUGGGCGAUCAACUGGAAAUUAUGAAAAAAUGGAAUGAGGAUCACCAAGAUUAUGCUGAUUUAUCUAUGACCGAUUGA